GUUCGCGCAAACAGUAAAUCUAAGGAAACUAAAGAAACAAAACUUAAUCCAUGGGGAGGGAUUAAUCGUUGCUAGGGAGAGUACGAAUUUUUAGCUGCUCGCAAUCCAUGAUGCAAUCUAUUUUAUUUCCGGUACAACCACCGUGCGUUACGCCGGCCUAUUAAUAAAACCCGUUUAAUUUUGUCAUCGAUCAGCUCGAUCGAUUAAUCACCCUGGGUGUUUUCCGAUCUAUCAGACGUUCAAGGGAAUAUCCUGUCGCGGUCUAAUUAUUUAUUUAUAUUCGCGAGAUGCACAACUAUGGCGCCGCGCCAAAAUCGAGUCGACGUCGACGCGACGAUCGAGCACGAUGACUCUUGCUUGGCGCAGAUUGGCUUCGGAACGGCCACGCUACGCAACACCGAUCGGUCGAUAUAUCGAUUGUAUCACUGUGAAUGGGCUCCGAACAGAAUGAAUCAGAGGAAAGAAUUAAGAUCCUUAUGAAACGUCCUCGGAUUUCUAUUGUUCUUCGUCGCUGAUUCAUAGACAAUCGAUAUUCUAACAUCAACGAUCGCUUCGCGUUUUAAAAUUAAGCCGAGGGUUUAAUCGUUAUGCGCAGUUGGUAAUUUUAUCUUCGAUAGAAUGGCUGUGAUAUUUUCAUCGAAAUGAAGCCGAAACAGUUAACGCUCCAACAACAUUCGGAGAAAAUCUUAUACGAAUAUUACGAUUGCACAGUUCUGGAAGUAGAAUAAGCUCUUUAUGGUCGGACACCUUGUAAACUGUGAACAUUGUGAACGUAUCGAGUUUAUAAAUACGUAAAUUUCGAUACAAGUAUUAAGAAGCAUUCGAUAAAUCAACGAAUUCGCUGCGCGAGCGUAGGCAAAGUAUCGUUGAACGAUUGAAAUAAUGAUGAAAAGCAAGAUUAACCGCGGAGACAUUAAAAAGCAUAAAGAACGUAAAGAAUACAAAGGAGAAACUUGCGAAAAACAUCGUUGGAACUUUCGAAAGAAGAGACAAAUAAUACCCGCAAGCUUCGCAUACUAUCGUCGAAUGUGUGACUGCAUUGACACGUCUUGAGUCACGAAUGAAAUCGCGUGAUGCCGAUGCACAGUACGUAGCGUACGAAGCUUCUAUUAAUAAAAUCGAACAACCGCGAUCCAAUUAUUACCGAGAGGUGCUGAUUGGUCGUCCUCAAUUUGGCAAUCGCAAAAAAAAGCUACAAAAGAUACCACCGCUCGCGGUCGGCCCAAUUUUUCGUGACCGUUCCAUUGCAAGUGUCACCUCCGAUCAUCCGACUAUGAGAAAUUCGUAAGUAGCAAAGUGUCGGUCGGACCAGCGAACACCUGUUCCUCUACGCGGGACCAUUGAAAACGAUCGUUUCUAUUCAAGGUAAAGGUUGGAUAACGAAAAUUAACAAACGCGCACAGACGAACGAAACAGAAAUCAUCCGAAUCAACGUAUCCGAAACGAUUCAAUCUGGAUUAAGGUCGCAGAGAAACCUGCGAUCCAUGUUCUUCAUCGAACGCAACGAUACCAGCUGAACUCAGAAGAGAGGACAGUUCGAAAUCUCGUAAAGUACCCUGCUCAGGAACGAAAGAAACGAAACGGUGUCGGUCGAUCCUCGAAUCGCAGUCUCUAUCGUAAAGAAUCAUCGAAGUCGAGAAGAAGGAGCCGAUCUCUUCCUUUCGCAGGAAGAGGAUCCCUUCGGGUUCAGAACCGCAACGAAAAUGACGCAACCUGCCAUGUACGUUCCCGUGGAGUCGAAAUGGAAGCACUGGCCCACCUACAUCUACGACACGAACUACAAAUACGGAAUCAAUUUCUACCAGCCGAUGAUCGAUUACAUCGACAGAAGAGGAAGAACGUCGACGACUUCUUAUCGCGACUAUCGUAGCCCGUCGAGGUCGGAAAUGCCGGAGCUGCCGUGGUCCGAUGGCAGGCUUCUAUGGGGAGAAAGACCCGUGGAACCCUACUCGCGGCGCGAGCUGAUCCAACACGCGGUCGACGCCGAAGACCAGGCCAGGGAGCACCUGCGGCAGUUCAAGGUAGCGAAUCGGUCCGACUUCAGUUUGUCGAAGACAGCGCAGGCCAGCCACGUGACCAGGGAAGUGUUUCCGGGCCGGUUAGAGGCGACCAGGAUAAGUCCGUGGAGUUUGUUCGUGCAGAGCGCGCGCGUUAGGAGCGAGGCUAGACAGCUGCAGCGUAAAAUGGCGGAGAUCGAUCUUCAGUGCUUGAGAGACAUGCAGGCGUUGACCGAGGCUCGCACCACCCUCGAUCAGGCGAAAAGCCUGCGCGGCAAGUCCGCGAGAGCGAUCGAGAUCCAGCUCCGAGCGGAGGCUAUAGCGAACCUGAACAGGAGCCAGCAGCUCGCGGAUCUCAGGAAAGCUCAGCUGCUCGACGAAGCGAUAUUCGAUGGCAGGGAGCGGCUGUGGCUGUCGCGAGAGCUCACGAGAAAGCUCGACAUUGACGAGGAUAGACUGACCGCACCGUUGGGCUGCCUGAGCAGGGAACUGAAAGGAUACGAGAAGAAAUCCGCCAACUAUCUCCUGAACCAGAGGUACCGAGACCCAACGAGACCGAGACGGUUGUACGGAUGCCUGGGAUAGGGACCUUUCCAUUGGACCGCGAAUGCUCUUGUAGAUAAGCCUUGUAGUUGCUGUGGGUAAGAUCUAUGUGACACGGAGCAACGAGGAUGAACAAUAAAUGAGAGACUUUCGAUAUCGAA